CUUUUAGACGCACCUACUUGUACUCGGCGGUGUUUAUGGUUUACAACUUCCGCUACAUUUUAGGGCUCCAUCUCCCACUGUAAAUUUAAUCCCACUUCAAUUUCCGGCCAUCCUCUUUUACGUUCCUCAAAUGGCAGUAGCUGCACACCCUCCACCAUCCUUGGACAUACUAGUAAGAGGUCCCGAGGGUUUUUCUAUUUGGAACGGCCCACCCUUCACCAAUGGCGAGCCCCGCGUGAAGCUCGAUCAAACACCAUGUACGACCACAAAGUUCAGCGAGGAUGGAUCGAGACUCAUGGUUGUUCGAUCGGAUUCUGUCGUCAGCAUCUACGAUUCGAGGAAAUUGGUCGAAAUAAGGUCUUUGCAAGUGCCCAAUGUUCUUGCCGCCAGUAUAUCCCCAUGUGGGACUUACCUUCAGACCUUUCAGAAGUCUACUGGUCCGCAGGAUAAAAAUGUGGCUUUGUGGAAGGUGGACAAUGGUGAAUCGGUUUAUCAAAUGUUCCAGAAGAACAUGACGAAAGCCACAUGGCCGGCAAUCCGGUUUAGCUCUGAUGAAGCUGUAGCGUGCCGCUUGGCGACAAAUGAAGUGCAAUUCUUUGACCCUAAAGAUUUAUCCAAAGGGAUUGUUCAUAGGUUUAGAGUACCUGGAAUUGCUGCUUUUGAACUUUCAAGGAAUCCUGGGUCGUACUUUGCCUCAUUUGUUCCAGAAUCGAAGGGAAUGCCAGGGAAUGUUCAGAUAUUUGCUUGUGCAAAGGAGUUGCAGAGUCAACCUGUUGCUCGGAAAAGUUUCUUCCGGUGUUCGUCAGUACAAUUGAAUUGGAACUAUGGUUCCACUGGGCUCUUGAUUGUUGUGCAGUCGGAUGUUGAUAAAACAAAUCAGAGUUACUAUGGAGAAACAAAGUUAAAUUAUCUGACGACAGAUGCAUCUUAUGAAGGAAUCGUGCCGCUCCGUAAGGAAGGGCCUGUACAUGAUGUUCAAUGGUCGUCUUCCGGAAAAGAAUUUGCUGUAAGACUAAAGGCUAUUCUUUCUUCCAUCCCGUGUGAUUAUUUAAUUACACUGAAAGAAGAAGAAACGAGGUUCUCGAUCCUUCGGAUUUUAAGUGUUGCCCUUAAUGCUUUCUGGGAUUAUUUGGAAAAGAAGAAAUUAGGAGAAACCAAAGCUGAACUAUCUGUGUCAAGUGAAUGGUCGCCAGAUGGACAAUAUUUUAUGACUGCCACCACAGCUCCAAGACUGCAGGUCGACAAUGGGAUCAAAAUAUUUCGCCACAAUGGAUCAUUGUACUUCAAGAGAAUGUUUGACAAGUUGUUUCAGGUAGACUGGAAACCAGAGUCACCGGAUAAGUUUGGUGAUAUUUCAGAACUUUCAAAAUCUGUCGACUCCUUGAAAUUGGAAGAACCGAAAAAACAAGGACAAGGGUCAAAAGCUGUUCAGGGCAACUCAAAAGCUGCUGCAUCUACAACAUCUGUUCAGAAACCUGCUGCUUAUCGUCCACCCCAUGCUAAAGCAGCUGCUGCAGCUCAGGCAGAGCUGUUUGGAGUAAACCCUACUGGAGAAAUGAGCAAGAAUGCACUGAAAAAUAAGAAAAAGAGGGAAAAACAAAGAGAGAAAAAAGCAGCAGAAGCUGCCCCUGGUGCUGGUGAAUCUUGAUUCUUUUGUCUACCUGAGCAAUUUUCAGUGACUUGAGGUAAAAUCCCUAGUGCUUUGUAUCCUAUUUUAGCAGAGGUGAUUUGGGUCUGUGCGUUCUGUUAUCAAUUAAGUAUUUCUUAUGCAACAAGAGUGAACAUGUGUUGAGUUUAUGGUUGAGAAACAACCGAACCCAAAGAUACUUGUGGAGUAAUAAUGAUGUUACAAACCGAAUUGGAGCAAGUAGCUCGAAGUAGGGAUUCAGAUUUCCGAGUAGUUGACAUUGAGUUUUCUGGCAAACUUCAUUUUUGGUUUAUCGUGGAUGACUGUUAUUUGCAGAUCGUGAAUUUAAAACUAAAAACGAUUGUAGGGAACUAAAAGUGAGAUGAGAUUUGUUGGUUAUUCUGUCAUCUGUACUUAUCAUGGAACACAGAGACUGUCGGGUGCAACUCGUGAAUUUCCUAACUGAUGGAAAAUCAAGUGAGAAAUGUGU